UUUGGCAGGCUUGCGGAAUCGGGGAACGCGGGAGUCUUACUGGAAGUGGUCUCGAGCGAAGUCUCGUCGUCUCCGGAGUCGCAGUUCCAACCAAGGCAGCUUGACAAAGCUACAGAGAAUUCUUGGACCGCAUCACCAGAAACGAAUGGGAUAUCGAGCCCAUCUGACAUCCCGCAGCACGAGGAAAAGUCGCGUACGCGGCCUGACGUGUCGGUGACACCGUCAUCGUCGCCACCACCGGUCCCGUCCACAUCAGGCGCUUCAGCCCUACGUCAUCAGCAUUCAUUAUUAGAGCCUCCUUCUCAGCCGUUAUUAAGGCGACGCAGAAGCAGCGCUGGUAUAUCAGGGCGUUGUCCGGAUUGUGGUAAAAAACGUGAGGAUGCUAUUUCGUACACUAUUGAAGACUUGGACGCGGUUGGCUCGGCGCCACUCGAAAGCAGUUUCACGGGACUGGUGUGCACUUGUGACCAAAAAACAUUGCCGCUUCCACCGGAUGUGUCCCCGCACUUCAAGAAACCUCAUCCGGAUUUGAGAAAGUACCGCAGUGUUGAGACGUCAUCCUCUAGGUGGGGAAGCAACUAUUUGUCACCGGACGAUGCUCUUUGGGAUCUUAAACGUCAGCCUGAAGAUAACACGGAGUACCGAUGGGAAUUGAGCACGUCACGCACCGAUGUUGACCUCAACCGUCGCACCAAGUGCAGUUGCCAUGACCUCACACCCGAGGAAAAAAGGCAUCCAGACCGCAGUGACUUGAGGAAACAUCACAGUGCGGAAACUGACAAGUGGUCACUUCGUCCAGAUCGCUUGAGUCCGCCUCACGAUUUGAGGAAGCACUCGAGCGAUGCUUCGGGAAUGGCACGUGAUGGCACUCAGCCAACGGCACGAACUCUUCAGGUGCCAGAGGUUCUGCCAAAUCCCAAGCCUCGGUGUACUUGUCCAAAGCCCAAGACUCUGUCCCCGUCGCCGGUCAACGAAAAACGUGCUCAGCGGUUCCAGGACCAAGAAAAUAGAACCUUGUUUUCCAAAUCCUUGACUCCGACGGCUGACGAAGCAGAAGCUGCAGUCGAGAGGCCAGAAUUGAAGAAGCAUGUGAGCGAGGAUACCCGUCAACCAGUUAAGAAAGAGCGAGGUAGACUUGUUCAGCAGAAAGCUGUUGUAGGUUCUAUUAAAAAGUGGGAGCCAAAGGACCCGGUUGUCAGUCCAGAAGAUUCGCGGAAAGCUCAACGUUCAAGGUGGGCUGGAAUGACGCAUUUUUCACUGCAACCGGAAAAGAAAGAAAUAAAGUAUGGUGACCCUAAGAGUAAGAGCCUGAAGGAAAAGCAGAGAUACAGUGUACGAAGAAGCUUAUCACCAGAACCCGAUCCAAGAACGAUUGUACGUGUCAAUAGUCGAAUUGUAAAGCGUUUGAUUUCACCCGAAAUAACUAUCACCGAUGCCAAGUGGGCGCCUUAUGAAGGAUACUCGCCGUUGCCGUCAGUAGGAAUCAAGAAACGCGAACCCAAACGUAUCAGCGAGAUCAAAUGGACGCCUUACGACGGAUCAGCUUCAGAGCUGAGCAUCCUAGAGGUUCCUGAAGAGGCUGAAGCCAAUGACGAGUAUCACAUCACACCCACCUGUCACCCACCGCCGAAAGCUCCAGAUCUUAAAGAUGAAGAAACCGACGAGGAACGCGAGCGCUGGAGAUUCCUCAAUCAAAUAUCUCCAUUCCCGAUUUAUCAGGGCGCCUGGAAAGACGAAUCACCCGAGCAGUCACCGCAGAGAAUCAUGACUCCGGAAGACCUCGAACCGCCAAUCUGGAAGCCCAUGGAACCGCCAAGUCCCGUCAGAGUUCGCACUCCGUCGCCCGCUUACCAGGAACCCGUGAAACCCACCAAGGAAUCAAAGCGCAAAAAGCUGCGUGGCCGUGCAGAAAGCACUCAAUCACGGAAAGAAAGUGUCCUGGUGCCACCAACAGUGAUUGUACGUGCAGCUAGUGAGGAUCCCAAGCGCCAAAGACCCAUUUUGACUCGUUCCAAUGCCUUUUUGGAGCUGCCUCGCAGCAGGGGAAUAGACCCGACCAAGCGCUCGCUUAGCGAAGAAGUCCCCAGGUCACGUUCCCGCGAAGCUCAUCGUGGGCCAAGCCGUGCAAAAAGCGAGGAAGCUUCUCGCUACCCCUGGGGAGACGAGUCCGAAGUACGUCAGUACGUGACGACUGUUUAAAAUGGAUUGAAAAAUAAGUAAAUGGCUUUUUCUACGAGUUUAUUUAUUACUGCCUGCAGUGAGUACGUGCUUGAGAUAUAUGCUCAGACUUUUUACCGUGGACAAUGCGAAUUAUUUCCUCGUUAUCUUUGUUACAACACCAAAGGCCGGUCUAUUUGUUGAAACAACUUGACAUUGACUACAAGCCGCGGCCUACGCGUUUAUCCAGCUCUUACGGACUUAAAUUCUCGUGACAUCGUUUUUAAAAAUAAUAUUAGUAAUGACAACAAAAUGGAAGUGGACUAGUUAAUGGACGCCAACCAAGAUGGCGCUGCUAGUAAUAGUAAUCGACUGCCGGUACGAUAGGAAUCGCAUUUAAAUAUCGUAAUAUAUUAUUCUCAUCGCAGGAAAUUAAUGCUCAGGGGCAACAUGGCGGGCUUGUACGAGUACCGAUCGGGCCGUAGAACAAAAAAUAAUAAAAUAAUAAAUAAAUAAUAUUACAAUUACUACAUUACGUUUUUUGUAUGAGCUUGUUUGCUGAGACUGCCGACGAGAGGACUUUGUCCAUCGGUUAAUUAAUCACCGGUGUUUUAAUAAAAGUGAUAGCGGUAUAAUAAUAAAUAAUAAUUAAUAAUUGAUAUUCAUUAAUAACUUAAUGGUAAAUAAUCGUAGCAUAUAAGUAGCCAUUGAAGUUCAGUAACACAUUAUACUUAAUAUUAUAGUACUUGAUAUAUAAUAUACUUAAGUAUAGAUGAUAAUCUAACGCUCAGACAAAUGUAAGGUUUAAAAAUCCGUGAUUAGUGGGAUAUUAAUUAAUUAAUUAAUUAAAUAAAUAAUAAUAAUAAUAAUAAUAAAUAAGAAAAAUAGUUGAAGCGGGAAAUGUCUCGUCGGAUCAGCCGUUUGAAUAUUCGUUCGCAUUUGUAGCGAAGUUAAUAAUAAAUAAAAAAAAAAACUGUGUUAUUAUUAAAAUUUUUUCAUGCAAGGGCGUAAUAUUUUGCCGCGCUUGCCGGUAUUUUAUUAUAAUUCCGGACUCUCUCAGUACUUAUAUUUUUAUUUUAACAAUAAUAUAUAUACAGUACUGGAGGGCGGCCAUUUUGUUGUCAGUUGAUUAUCAAAUGGUCUUGCGCCGGGUCGUGCAAUAUUUAAAAUACAAUCGUAACGAUUCUGUAGCAUUAAGGGUUAGGUAAAAAUUUCUUUUGUUCAUUAAUUAAUUAAUUAAUUUGAUAAUUAAAAACGUAAAAGCUAAAAUAGAAAAUAAAAAAUACUCAGAGAUAUUAAAAACUGCUCGCGCUUAAUCCGAUUUUUUUCAUAAACGGAAUUUUGUAAAAGCGCGGGCUUAGGGUACUUUUGAUUCAAAUUUUAAAAAAGUCGUCUAAAAAUCAUACUCAUAUUUUAGGAGAUAUUUUAAUAUUCAAAACUGUCAUUUCUUUUUUCUUUAAUAAUUUCUUUGGUCGUAAAAAUUUUUUUA